GCGCGCGGGGGGUUCGGCACAGCGCACACACGGCGGCCGUCUCACGAGGAGCGGGUGUCCGUCAGAGACCCGCUGAACAAUUAACUGAGCACGGAGUACAUAAGCUGACUGCCACCGCCGAAAGCUGGCAUUACUAACCGUGGAGGACUGCAGCGGGACUGCUGACAUUUCACCGGCUGCUGGGUGUCGUGGGCUCCGCUAAACUCGGCGCAGAUGUGAGGAGGCCCGUGCUCACAGUUUGGAAGGAGAGGAAAGAAACCAGGAAGCAAAAGUGGAAGCAAACAGCGAGUGUUAAAGAAGAUUGGACACCGGUCACCAUCGGCGCAGAUGGGUGAGACAGAGGAUGAGCGUACGGCUCAGGCCGGCCAGCUAUUUGAGAACUUUGUCCAGGCAACUACCUGCAAAGGGACUCUGCAGGCUUUCAGCAUCCUGUGCAGGCAGCUGGAGCUGGAUCCCCUGGACCACAGAAAUUUCUACAACUCACUGAAGGUGGCAGUGAGCUCCUGGAAAGUCAAAGCCCUGUGGACCAAACUGGACAAAAGGGCACAGCAAAAGGUCUACAACCACAAUAAAGCCUGCCAAGGCACGAGGUGUCUGAUCAUUGGCGGCGGUCCUUGUGGCCUGCGGACGGCCAUCGAGCUGACUCUGCUGGGCUGCAAGGUGGUGGUGAUCGAGAAGAGAGACACCUUCUCCAGGAACAAUGUGCUCCACCUCUGGCCCUACACCAUUCACGACCUCAGGGGACUCGGGGCCAAGAAGUUCUACGGAAAGUUCUGUGCUGGCGCAAUCGACCACAUCAGUAUCCGCCAGCUUCAGCUGAUGCUGCUAAAAGUGAGCUUGAUCCUUGGUGUGGAGAUUCACGUCAAUGUGGAGUUCAUCAACCUGGUGGAGCCAGCAGAGGAGCAGACAGAUGUCAGUCCCGGGUGGCGAGCAGAGGUCCGACCCUCCAGCCAUCCUGUCUCGGACUUUGACUUCGACGUGGUGAUUGGAGCCGACGGACGCAAAAGCACAUUAGAUGGUUUCAGUCGCAAGGAGUUUCGUGGGAAGUUGGCCAUCGCUAUAACUGCUAACUUUGUCAAUAGGAACACCACAGCAGAGGCCAAAGUAGAAGAAAUAAGUGGCGUGGCCUUCAUCUUUAACCAGAAGUUCUUUCUGGAGCUCAAAGAGGAGACGGGAAUUGACUUGGAGAACAUAGUUUACUACAAGGACAACACCCACUACUUUGUCAUGACAGCAAAAAAGCAGAGCCUGCUGGACAAAGGGGUCAUCAUUAAUGACUACAUGGAAACAGAGCGACUGCUGAGUGCCGACAACGUCAAUCAUGAGGCGUUGCUCUCAUACGCCCGUGAAGCCGCUGACUUCGGCACAAACUAUCAGCUGCCGUCCCUCGACUACGCCAUCAACCACUACGGACAGCCGGAUGUAGCCAUGUUUGACUUCACCUGCAUGUACGCCUCAGAAAACGCUGCCUUGAUCAGGGAGAAACAUGGACACCAGCUGCUGGUCGCACUGGUGGGAGAUAGUCUGCUUGAGCCGUUCUGGCCGAUGGGCACAGGUUGUGCUCGGGGUUUCCUGGCUGCUUUUGACACCGCUUGGAUGGUGAAGGGUUGGGCAAAAGGAAGGAGCCCUGUGGAGAUUCUGGCCGAGAGGGAGAGCAUUUACCGUCUUCUGCCCCAGACCACCCCAGAGAACAUCAGUAAAAACUUUGAGCAGUACACCAUUGACCCUGCGACCCGCUACCCCAACCUGAACUCCAGCUGUGUGCGCCCACAUCAGGUGCGUCACCUGUUCAUUGAUGGCAAUCAGGACUCGGCUCAGGUAGAGAGAGGGGGGCCGGCACGUCGAUCGGUCAACCUGUCCAGAAAAGAGUCUGAGGUGCAUCCUGGCCGCCUGCUGACCUGGUGUCAGAAGCAGACUCGUGGGUACAGAGGAGUCGAUGUCACCAACCUCACGUCGUCCUGGAGGAAUGGCCUGGCCCUCUGCGCUCUCAUCCAUCGACAGAAGCCUGAGCUCAUUGACUAUGACUCUCUGAGUGAGGACGAUGUGUCGGGGAACAACCAGCUCGCAUUUGACGUGGCUGAGCGAGAGUUCAGCAUCCAACCGGUGACUACAGGAAAGGAGAUGGCCGUGGAGGCUGAACCCGAUAAGCUGCUGAUGGUUCUGUACCUUUCCAAGUUUUACGAGGCCUUCAGGAACUCCCCAGGAAGCAACGUUUCCAGAGAAACGGAUGGAAAUGAUGAAGAUUAUCAAUCCAAAACCAACCACAAAGUGCUGAACCCGCCUCAGGCCAGAAAGAGGAUACCCAGGGAUGACAAGAAACUGGAAGAAGAUUCUGAAAAUAAGAGACGGCGAAAGGGCAACCACUACCUCACAGAGUUGUCCUGCCAUAGUGCCCCCCCUGCUGGUGAGGAUGGGGAGCUACGGGAGAACAAAGUCCGCUCCAUGGCAACUCAGCUGCUGGCCAAAUUUGAGGAGAACGCCUCAACAGUGAAGACGCGAACAAAGGACCUAUCCGAUCCAUCCUUUUCUCCUGCUCUGUCUCUUCCCACCUCCCCACUUCCUUCAUCAGAUGAGGAGGAUGAGGAAGAAGGGAAAGUGGAGACAGAAAAUCCUCGUUUUGCAAAGCCCAAAGAUGAUCCUCCUUCUCUUCCUCCUACUCUUCCCCCUCGCCCCAGGUGGCAGCCUUCCAUCUACCUUCAGUUACUUGAGAAUCCCACUACCUUCCCCUCUUCCCCCAAAUUCUCUCACGCUCGGAUCACCUGCAGUCGCUCUCCAUCGCCCCCACGCUCUAAGAGCCCCUUAAGUCCUCCCCGCUCACUGAGUCCUGACGUUACUGAACAUUACCACCCAGAAUGCACCUCUCUUGACCUCUCAACGAGUCGUCUCUCUCCCUCUACUCGGUCUGCUCCGGGUGCUGAUCAGUCCUGUGAGAGGUCAGGGGGGUCGGUGCGGCAGAGUAAAGACCAGAGACUGUCUGCUCGAGAAUUUUCCAGGAGGAGUAUAAAAGAGAGAGCUUUCCUCCUCUCCUCCAUGUUUCCUGGCUCCAGCAGAUCGUCUGCUCCUCUUUCUGUGUCACAGGUGGGAUCAUCUACUUCCUCUCCUUCUUCCUUAUCACCACCUCCUUCUCCUCCUCCUCUGUCUAUACCUCAGAGCGCCACCAUGUACCCUGUGGUCCACCCUGUCCCUGACCCCACAGCCCAGGCUGGUUUCUCCUCUGUCCCAGUUUGCACUGCUGGAUACAAGGACAAGACACACACUCCCCCAUCCACUCCCUCAUCUUCAGCACAGGAAAUCUGUUCACUUCAUGCUGAUUUCUCCACAGCCAACAGCGAGACAUCCACUCCCCUUUCUUUGCCUUGCUUUGGGAGCCAGACGAGCUCCUCUCCACUCUCGGACGCUGGCUGUAAACAUGAACCAAGCAGCUCGUCUGGAGCCAAAGCCUCAAAGUAUGAGGAGAUACAUGAGAGUUCAGAGAAAGAUCUGGAAACUGAGCAGGAGACUGUUCACAAAACUGCUCAGCGCUCAGAGAGAUCUCGUCCUGAGAACCUCGGAAGAAUCGCUCCAAAGUCCCUUUCUCGCUCCGUGAGUUGUCCGACUGGAGCCCCUAAUUACAGUAAAGAGCGUGUAGUGGGAAAGGUCUCAUCAGCCAUAGAUGCCAAAGCUCAGAUACUGGCCAUCCUCUAUGAGACAGACCACAGGCCCGAUGCUCCACCGUGCGUGGCGCGUAAGGACUUCCCUCCCGGGGUGGGCGGCAGCGAUAUCUGCCACUUCUGCUCCAAGCGGGUGUACGUGAUGGAGAGACUCAGCGCUGAGGGUUACUUCUUCCACCGCGAGUGUUUCCGCUGUGACGUCUGCAACUGCACCCUCCGCCUGGGAGGGCACACGUUUGACUCACAGGAAGCAAAAUUCUACUGCAAGCUGCAUUAUUCCCAACGCCUGUACAGCAAUAACCCGGGCAGGUUCAGGAGGAGGCCGGAAGACCAAAGCCGUGUUGCACCCUCAUCUCUGGACAGCAGGAGCUACACCACCACUCCGGGCACUACCCAGAUCCAACCCCCAGACGGGGCGUCCGGCUCGCUCUCUGAGCAGCCAGAUAAAAAGGUUCCUGACGACGUGGAUGUGGCGGUGGAAGCUCACGAUGCUUCCUGUUUAGUCAAACCUGAAACACGAGACGGCGCCGCAGCCAAAGAUCACUGUAACACCAAACACAAACACAGUAACAGAUGGAAACGAAAGAUCCGAGCAACCUUCCCACUACUCUUCAUCAGGCGCCAUCAGAAAAGCUCAGCGCUGGACAAAGAGGGACCAGAUGCCAUCCCUGAAGCUGACUCUGUGUAUGAAGAGAUCACGUCAACAGAAAAACAACCUCACUCGGACAGCAGUUCCAGAACGUCAGCAGAUACCGUGAAUCCUCCGGAGGAAAAUGAGAAAAGUGAGGAGCGCUCGGCUGUCUGCGGAACAUCUACGCCCAAAAAGCGCUUGACGUUAUCCUUUUCUGCCAAGGAGAAGCUUCUGAACUGGGACACGGAGGUCAAACCGGAGGAAACUCCCAUUAACGUGGCCGCCGAAAACACACAGCAACAUAAAGACCAGGUACAUGCAGAAGCAGAUAAGCCUCAGAGCGGGGAGCCAUCCCAGAGCCAGACCCCGGCUUCAUCCCCCUCAGCCUUCCAGGCCAUAGCCAACGCCUUCAGGAGGACAUUUAGUGGGACCAAUCACCUCAGCAGCUCCAACGCUGCAGUCGUGAUGAGACCUAAACGUGACGGCGCCCGCAAACAGAGGCCCGCGUCCGAAGGAGCGUUUAGCUUUAGCUCACGCUUCAGCCUCAUGGCCGCAGAGUCCUGCAGAGAGAAGGCCAGCAUGCGUGAAGCCCACUGGGCAGAUCCGUGGGGGGCGGGGCAGGACCUGCCCUCCCUGUUGCAGCAGGUGUCCUUAAAGGGCCGGAGAAACUCAGGAGAGGUGUUCGCCGAUGACAUCGGCCCGUUUCCACGCAAAAGGGUCAACUUGUUCUCUUCCUUAAGGCUGAGGAAGCGGGAAUUGUCUCGGAGUGAAGGAGAGGAGCAGGAGGUUCAUAAGGAAAUUAAGAUGAUCCUCUCCAGCCUCAAAAACAAAGCAUCCAGUCGGCAGAAUCUGGAAGAGCUCUCCUCCAGUGACGACGAGAGCGAAAACCUGGCAUCCAGUCAGAAGCUGCACUCAGAGAAACUGAGGAGGAAGCAGGAGAAGACGGUGGCCCAGCAGGCGAAACGAGAGCAGCUGAAGAGGCUUCACAGAGCUCAGGUGAUCCAGAGACAACUGGAGGAAGUCGGAGAAAAGCAGAAGGACCUAGAGGAGAGAGGAGUGGCCAUAGAAAAGAUCAUAAGAGGAGAAGAAGAAUCUUCUCAGACCGACGAUGACGGUGACGAGGCCCGGCUCUAUCAGUCCUGGUUUAAGCUCGUCCUAGAAAAGAACAGAUUGGCGCGCUAUGAGUCUGAGCUCAUGAUCUUCGCUCAGGAGCUUGAACUGGAGGACACACAGAGCCGGCUGCAGCAAGAUCUGCGACGCAGAAUGGCAGUAGAGGAUACAAAGAAGAGCGCCUCGGAGCUGCAAGAGGAGCAGGUGAUGCUGGCAGAGAUCAUGAGGACCGUGGAGAAGCGGGACAUGUUGGUGUCUAUACUGGAGGAGCAGAGGCUCAAGGAGAGGGCUGAGGACAAGGACCUGGAGAGCCUUGUGCUCUCCAAGGGCUACGAGUUCCACUGGGCCCGCAUGGAUGAUAGCUGGGGCCAAGAGAAGCUGGAGUGAGGGCUGAAAACAGAGCACCUCACUUUGGAGAGGACAGACUGGAAAGAAAGCAGGUUACCACACUGGUUUGCUUCAAGAAAUGUCUUAAAACCCUAAAAAAAGACUGAAAGGCUUCAUUUAGUGUCCGGAAGAAUGGAAAUGGACCUUUUAGAUAAAGGCUUCCUUUUUAAAUAAUGAGGGUGAAUAAUCUCUGCCAUUAAGGUUAUUUAUUCUCAACACUCAGAAGUGUGAUUUGUCCCAAGCUGAUGCUGAGCUGAACUUUGAUAAAUACGCUUUAACCACCUCUGAUAAUGUGAGCUGCUCCCUUAAAUACCUGCACUCGUCAUAAACCAAACUGAGCCGCUCUUGUUGUGACAGAUUGGUUAUUACUGUAACACUGUAUCUUCACUGGAUAGCACAUGGAACGAGUCUUUUGCACAGCGUGAAUUGUUACAAAAAGCAGAAAAAUGCUUCAAGUAUUUCACUAUGAGUCACUUUAUGUGCAGCCUUGUUUGACUGUAAACUCUCAUGCAUAUUUUAAAUUGUUUCACUUUUAGUUGGAACACUGUCAAAUAAAAUGAAUUUGUAUGUACGCUCGGGCACUAAUGAACACCAGAGAAAUGGAGUCCUCUGCCAUGGAGCUGCUGCUGCUGCACAGACUGAAACCACAGCUGAUCUAAAAGGAGCCAUUCCACUUCCUAUUUGUCCCAUUGUGCAGAAAUUGGCUGCAGUUCAGCCGAAGGAGCAGCAGACAGCACUCGCAAGAUAGUCCACGUCGAAUCAUAAAUGCAUAGACUGUAUAUAAAAAAAUGGAUGUGCCCCUUACUUCGCUUUACUCCUCGCACCACUGCGUUCGUUUUUUUUGGAGCCAAAAGUGAUCGUGUUUGGAUUAGAGCUUUGAGAAAAUAUCCUGCAGAAUAAAAGGAGCCCUUCUUUCACUGAAGAGUUCGGGUUAUCCUGCAGAAAAAUGUUAACCCUGCAAAAUGGACAUUUUUGGUCUAAAGUACUCAUUCUGGACUAUCUUGCAACCACUCUGUAUGAAACUGGAGGUCCAGGGAGUGGGAGUUCUUUCAGGUAUGUCUGGCCUUGCCCCAGUAAGUCAACCCACCGGCUGUGACCUCCUGAGUGCAGCCUGCUCAGAGAUGUGAAAGUUUAGUUUUCUCAUCUAAUCCAGAGUGCAUUACCCACUUUGUAAGUUAACUACUGCAUUUCAGCUGUGAGUGUGUCUGCUGUGAGUCAAAGUGCCAGGCUCAUCUCCCUCAUGAGAACAUGAAUAUGUGUUUACAUGAGUUUUAAUACCAACACAAAUUGCCAAACUACUCACUUGGUCUUCGGCCUUUAAAUCUUGUUUUGUUUAU